AACUCCGCCUGAGACCAGUUUCUUUGAUUUGUCGUUUCGUUGCCUCGCCCCGCCAACCAGAGAAAUCAAUAACACUUAGUUUUAAGUGUGCCUACAGUCACUCAGCUUGCUUAAUGCAUAUUUUUCACUGAUUGCAAUUGUUACAUGAGAAAACACACCGUAUUCAAAAGUCGGGAACGGUGAGAUCCAGUUACUAGACCAGAAUCUGCAUUCAGUUUACAGAGCCACAGUGUAAACUAAAAAAAAUAAAAACAACUGAAAAAUGGGAGGUAUCUUUGGUAAAGCUAUGGAUGAAAAUUUUAAGAAAAACCAAGAAUUUAUGUUGAAGACUCAACAGCUGCAGUUGGAGCGUCAGUUGGCCAUGCAAAAUGAAAUGAGAGAGAGACAAAUGGCAGUGAUGAUUGCUAGAGCCAGAGACAUGUUCUGGUUUUAUACUGCUUUUGACAGCCUUGCAACUGUUGGUUUAACUCUAGGGGCUAUGCGAUCCAAGAAAUAUGGCCUGUUGGCUCCUUUGGUUCCUCUAAGUUUUGUCUUUGCCUAUCAGUGGGAUUUGGCUUAUGGAUCUAAGAUGGACAGAAUAAGAGCAAUGGCUGACAGAAUAAUUGAUGAGGAGCAUCAACUGCUGGACCUACCACACGGGCUGCCCACAUUCUCAUCCAUUGAGGCCGCACGGCUGGAGCAGAAGAAGAAUGUAUCUUACAAGCCAGGCCAUGACAUUUUCUUGUAGCUUCAAUACACAGCAAAUAGGAUUCACAUAUCUAUGCAAGUAUAGACAGUGAUAGUUAUACGAUACCCACAUAAUGAGAAGCUGCCAAAACAUUUGUUUUUGUAUUUUUCCAAAGCUCGUUUAUGUUAUUUAGUUUUUGUGUACAUAAUUUGUAGUUGCAUUAAUUUUACAUGAUAUACUUGAAUUGUUGAUCAUUUCAAUCGUGCAUCAUAUGUAUAUGUCUACUUAGUGAUAGAGCUCUUUGUUUAAUGAGAUAUAGUUUUUAAAUUAUACAAAGAAUUUACUUUAUGUACCUGAAACGCAGAUAGUUUAUUUACAGCAUGUUUCAACUUCUCUUAUAAAUGGCUUUCAUGUAUGCAUACAUCUUAUUUUUUAUGUCUUUCAUGUUAUGUACAGCAAUACCAUUUCUAUUGGCUACCAUGUUGCAAAAUAUUGUGUUCUAAAUAAGAAAUGGCACACCAUAUUGUAGGUAGAGUUAUUUUUAUAAAUUUCUUGUUGUAAAACUAUCUAAAACACAAUGAUCUCAUUAUCUAUUGAAAAAUUGUACCAAGUUAAUGGAGAAAAAGAUGAUUAAAUUGUGUUAAUUUAAUUUUGACCAACUUGUAAACACUUGCACAAAUGGUUUUCAGAGAUAAUUUACAGCAUUAUUAGCUUAUUUUAAUUAUAGGGACAAGCUUUAUUUUACAAAUUAUAACUACUUGUGACUGACUUUAGUUUGUUGUGUAUGUGUAAGACAUAAUCAAGAUUUAUAAAAUUAUACUUUUCCUGCUUGUUUAUAUAUAAUUAUUAUGUUGACAUAAAUAAAAGAAUUAAUAUUCC